UGGACCCUGUUCCUCAGCACAGUCUCAAGAGAAUAACACGGUGUCAUCUAUGUUGGACCCUGGUACCUCCUUUACAUAUAGACUGUAACAUUUGCGAUAAAAGUUUAUGUGAAAAUUGUGCGGAAAAGCAUAAAUGUGUGCAUGCACUUGGUAUAAAAAAAGUUAACUUACGGAAAGAUUUGGAAGAACUAAAAAAAUCAAUUUAUCCUAAAUAUCAAGAUAUUGCAACUUACACUCUAAAUAAGAAAGCUGAACUAUAUGGAAAAUCCCAGAAAUUGAUAACGGCUAUCGACAAACAUGGAGAAAACUUGCACAGAGAAAUAGACAUCGCUAUCAGCAAACUGAAAUCAGGUCUUGAUGAAAUAGACUCCAAACACUUUACUGUCCUAGAUAAGUGGGAAAACGAAAUCACACACACCAUUUCUGAAAUCACUGACAUCAUUGCUGACCUGAAUAAUUUACUGAAAUCAAAUGAUGCCAGCCUCAUCUCUGCUUACAAAUCCAGGAAUGCUGAGUUCAGAAAGUUGCCUCCUAAACCAAUAUUUUCCUUACCAAGUUUCACUCCUCCCAUGAUUAACAAAGAAAAUAUUCAUCAACAAAUUGGUUUUUUAUCAACAUCAUCUACCAUAAUAGAAGAACAUGGCAACGCAAGAGACUCUCUCAAGGCCGAGUCAACCCAUCUGGACAGACCUCUCAUUGAUGUACCUCGGAUCAUCACAGGUAUAAAAACCGAAUAUGAACAUAUACUAUGCAGGGUACUAUGUCUGAGUGAUGAACAAAUUUGGACAUGUGGUUAUAGUGGAAGUAUUAUGAGACUAUACAAUCUGCAGGGGGUACUAGUGAAGUCAAUCAAAACGAAGUCGGGGAACUGGCAAGCGGACAUAACAGUGACACAGAGUGGUGAUCUAGUAUAUACUGAUGAAGAUGAUAAAACUGUAAACACUGUGAAGAAUACACAAAUACAGACAGUGAUCAGAUUACAAGGUUGGAGACCUGUCUGCGUCUGUAGUACCUCCUCUGGUGAUCUCCUGGUUGCUACGGUCAGUGAUGAUAAUAAACAAACAAAAAUUGUACGCUACUGUGACUUCACAGCGAAACAAAGUAUUCAAUACAAUUACAAAGGACAGGCUCUCUUUUCAUCUGGUCCAUACAUUAAAUGCAUCAUAGAGAACAGGAACCUAGAUAUCUGUGUAGUUGAUAGUAGAGCUCAAUAUGUAGUGGUGGUUAAUCAGGUCGGGGAACUCCUGUUUAUCUACAAUGGUUUUCCCUCUCCUUCGAAACCCUUUAAACCAGUAGGCGUCACAACAGACAGUCAAAGUCGGAUCCUGAUAGCAGACUUUAAUAAUCGUAUCCACAUCCUGGAUCAGGAGGGAAAGUUACUCCGUUACAUAGACAAUUGUGGCUUGCUUCGACCAGUGAGUGUAUGUGUUGAUAGCCAAGACAAUCUUUUUGUGGCUGAGUUAAGCCUAUGCGCAGUAAAGAAAAUACAGUAUUGCGCAUAAAACAGAUAGGAUAAAUCCAGAAAGGGUUUUCUCUUGAAACAAACAUGAUGGGUAGGGAUUGUCUUGCUAUUUUUAUGCGGUAUACGUAAAAGGAGGGUAACUCUAAAAACAUCCGUGCAGAAUUUAAUGAUUUUUUAGUGGGUAAUAUAGCUCUUUAAAAAGUUGGCAAAUGUACCCUGAAAAUACUAUAAAACGAUGCCUAAGGACUUGCUCCAGAAAAUGUACAGAAAUUUAAAUGGCUGAUUUGGUUGCAUUCUGCUUUUAGGGGGAGCCUAAAAUGCAUGGGUGUACUGCAUUUGGAGGCAUCAUUUUGUCUAUUUUCCGCAUGUUUUGAGUGCCAGAUAAAUUCGAGCAUAAAGUUACAUGUGCAUUAUUCUUAUAUAAUUAAAAUGGUCACGAUUUUAUCUUUCUAUUGAUAUAUAGAUAUAUAUAUAUAUGUAACAUGAUUUUACAAUUUAUUUUUAUAGGGGUCAGUUUUGCUUGUCCCUCAUCUGAAAACGUUACAUAUAAAAUUGUGUUUUGCACACACA